AUGGGGAAUUGCUUCAAUUAAGAUGAGUCUCAAAAUUCUUCAUUAAAAACAAUGAAAAAAGUUGAAAGUGUUUUAAGUUAACCUAUACAUGAAAAUGAGAGUGGGAAAGUAUGUUUGAAGGAUUUCCUGAGCCAAGGUGAAAUAGGCAGGGGUCAGUUUGGUAAGGUUCUGAAGGUGAAGAUGAAAUGUAACACGAAGGAAUACGCAAUGAAAGUUAUCAAAAAGGCAGACAUAAUAAAAUACGGUUUAGUAAAUCAUACUAUGCUCGAGAAGAAUGUUUUAGAAUAUAGCAAUAAUCCAUUUGUAAUUAAACUACAAUAUUCAUUUUAAACAGAACAAAAGCUUUAUUUGGUGAUGGAAUUAGUGAAUGGAGGGUAAUUACUGAGAGUGAUGACAAGAUAACCCUAAAAACAUUUUACAUUCGUUUAAGCAUAAUUUUGUGCAGCAGAAGUAGUUUUAGGUUUAGAAUACAUGCAUGAGAAACUCAAAGUAAUCUAUAGAGAUUUAAAACCAGAAAAUAUCUUAGUGACUGAACAAGGACAUUUGAGAUUAACAGAUUUUGGAUUAUCAAAAAAGUAUGAAUCCCUCGACAUGAAGUUCUUUACUAUAGCCGGUACUCCAGAGUAUCUGGCACCAGAGAUCUUGAAUAAUUCUGGCCACAAUUACACUGUAGAUUGGUGGUGUUUGGGAAUAUUGAUAUAUGAAAUGCUAGUUGGCAAAACCCCCUUCAGAGACAAGGCUAACAAUUUCAGGAAUAUAGAAUAACAAAUUAAAGAAUGUCAUAUAGUGUAUCCAGAUCAUUUGAAUGAAUAAUCCAAAGAUAUAAUAGUAUAGUUCUUGAAUAAAGAUCCAUCAAAGAGAUUAGGACAUAAAUCAAUAUAAGAAAUUAAGGAUCAUAGUUUCUUUAAAGAGAUUAAUUGGGAUGAUGUAGCUAAUUUAAGGAUCAAAUCACCUAUUCUAGAGGGAGUUCAAAAGUUACAAUAACAAAUUGCAAAAGAGGCUCCAGUCGCAAAGAAAAUCUUUGAGACUCCUUAAUCAUAAGUUGGUCAAACAGCAGGUAAUUUUGAAGGAUUUUCUGCAAAUCAUGAUGAAUUUUGA